AAAAAAUGUAAUAUUCAAAUACUUACGAGUCAGUUGUUAGAACUUAGGUAGUUAGUGGACAAGAUUAAAAACCACUAAAUUUGGGAUUAACUGAUGUUGAAGGAGCUAAGGUUAUUUUGUAAAUUUUGAAAAUAGGCAGUUGCUAGAAGACUGUUUGAUACAUAUGAUAGAGAUAGAAAUGGAUAAAUUGAUAAUGUUGAAGUUGUUCCAAUGAUUGUAGAUGUUUAUAAAUCUUUCAAUCGAAUUUUCUCACCAGCUAGAGGAGAUAUUGAUUCAUUUUACAAGUUGAAAAUAAUUGAUAUAUUUUUUAUAGAGUUUUAGAUAGGAAUUAAGAUGGAAAGAUUACUUAUUAGGAUCUAGAAGAUUUAUGUAUAAGAUAUCUAACAAACUAAACACCAACAAAUUUAAGAGCAACUGAAGCUCCUCGUUAAAGUGGUAUCCAAUAAACUUCACAAACAGUCACUUCACAAUACAGAAGAACUUAAUUUUGAUUUGUGAAUUGGUAUAUAUAAAAACGAAUUGGCA